ACCCGCUAACAGGCUGUAGAGUGCAGACAGAAGAACAGGGUCUGCUUUUUAUUUGGUGGUUUCUGCUUAUUUCGCCGUUUCUCGUUAGUCUCCAUGGCAGCAGGCCGGCAGGUGGAAGUGUAUCUGGACCUCAUGUCGCAGCCCUGCCGGGCGGUGCACAUAUUUCUCAGCUGCGCCGGAAUCCCGCACAGAGUCCGCACCGUGGCUCUGCGGAAAGGAGAGAACAGGACCCCAGAAUUCACCAAGCUGAACCCCAUGCAGAAGGUUCCUGUCAUGGUGGAUAGCGGCUUCGUCCUCACUGAGAGUGAUGCCAUCCUGAAGUACCUGGCCACCAGGUACAACGUGCCGGAGCACUGGUAUCCACGGCAACCAGAGAGACGAGCCCGAGUGGACGAAUACACGGCCUGGCACCACAGCAACACUCGACCACACGCUGCUAAAGUCUUUAUGCUGGAGGUGCUCCUCCCAGCUCAGUCUGGCUCCCAGGUGGAUGAGGGGCGUUUGAUUCGUGCUCUCUCUCAGCUCGAUGACACACUGGACAAACUGGAGACCAUGUUUCUUCGCAGACAGGCUUUCCUCUGCGGUGAUGACAUCACAGUGGCCGACCUGCUUGCCAUCUGUGAGCUCAUGCAGCCACUUGGUGGAGGCAGAGACGUCCUGCAGGGUCGUCCUCAGCUGCAGAGGUGGAGGAGCAGAGUUCAGUCAGCCAUCAGUGAUGCCUUCGACAGAGCUCAUGCCAUCCUGUAUGCUGUCAGAGACCGCCACAAAGCCAAGCUGUGACAUCAUCACACAUUCAUGGACCACAGGAGUGAUGUCAUCCAUGAGGUGGAAUCAGAACACACAUGCAGUUGGACUGGAGGAGCCAGUCACCAUCCAGACACUGAUAGAGCCAGGUGUGAAAUGUUCAGAGGUUUUCACCUGAAAACUGCUGAGACCAUGAGGAUAAAAGCAGGUGUGUUUGGUCAUUCUGGUCUUCAUCGUCCUGUGGAGUCUCUUCUGGUUUAUUGAAUUUGAAAUCAAUCAUCUGCGCAUUUAUAAAAUUCAUGUUUUCUGUCUUAGUCCUGAUGCCACCUGAGGUAUGGAAUCCCUUAACUUGAUUUGACAGGUUGAUGUGAGGGUGAUCUGUCAUAUCAGCUGCAUGUUGUCACCACAACUAGUAAAGUACAGGAAACCCUCCUUCACCCGAGUCAGUUUAACAACACUUCAUUUCACCAGGAAGGUUUUCAGUCUCUUUCACUUUGAUGAGUGACAAAUGUUUUUUCUGAAUUUCCACAUGAAAAUAUUGUAGAUUGUUAGGGUGAUUUUUAUUUUAUGCACUUAAGAAUGGUUUAUUUUAUAGCACACAUAAG